AGGCACCAUGCUACUGUGACCAUUAUUCAUCCACAUACGAAAAACCCAGAUAAAAUUGCGAGUGAAGCUGAUAUUUUAAUUGCAGCUGCUGGAGUGCCAAAUUUGGUGUGCAGGAGUUGGUUAAAACCUGGUGCAAUAGUUGUUGACGUUGGCACUACCCCGGUUGAGGAUCCCAAGUGUGAACAUGGUUAUCGGCUCAUUGGAGACGUUUGUUUUGAGGAAGCAUCAAAGGUAGCUUCUGCGAUUACGCCUGUGCCAGGAGGAGUUGGACCAAUGACUGUUGCCAUGCUGCUUUAUAACACACUUCAAUCUGCUAAGCUCUCAUUUAAAUUUACUUAG